AUGGCGCUCUGCGGCCGCACGACGUCUUCAACGAGCAACUCGUUCACCGAGGCUGUGGGCCCUGCGAGUGCGCUCUGGCUGUCGGAUGCCUUCGGUGAAGGUGCGCAGGCUCAUGAUCACUUCGAACGGAAGACAGAUGCUAUGAUGCCGGUGAACCCUCCCUUAAAGGCCUUCUUCCGGCGUUCGCGCUUGGGCAUCGGAGGAACGCCGGAGUGCGCGCGAGGGUCGGAUCGCAGCGCACAGGACAUGUACCCCUUGGCUUUUGCUCCUGAUUGCGAACGCAACCCCUUGGCACCGUCCGCUUUGCGGGCAUAUUUUUCCGUUAUCGUCCACCCGAAGGGAGCGGAAAAACCGGGUUUAUGCGUGUCGCUUUUGACUAGGAGCCCGGUCGGCGUCGUCGCUUCGAAGCCUCCGCCGCCGUCGUCCACGAGGCCAUGA